UCUCUCACAUGGUCCAGUAUUAAUGAGCACUAUAACUUGCCCACCUGAGAAAAAAGAUGGCGGAAAAAGAGAACUCUUUGUCCGCAAUAAACACCAGUAUAUCUGGCCGGGCUUGAUUCCUGAUCACUCGCCAUAUCAAACCCCACCCUACCUUCUCUCUAUAUAUGGAGAUGGAGGGCUUAUCUUUCUCAACCUCCAUCAGCCCCAACACGGCAGAGAAGGGACAAGGCACUCUCUAUGCAAUGGGUUAUGGUGCAAGAGAUGAGAUGCCACACCCAAGUGGUUUUGUUUUAUAGGAUUAAUCUACUUGAAACAGAGAGAAAUCCUUAGCCACGUUCGUCCGUACAAACUGGAGGAGGUGCAGAUGUUCCCUGCUUCCUUCAACAGUGUUACUGGUAACUCCGUUUCGUUCACCGACUAUGCCAUGUUGGGGGAGUGGAGAAACUUGACCGGUGACUUCAACUCCAAACAGGAGACUACUCCCUCAUCUUUCUUCAACUUUCCUCCUUUCUUUAUUGACUGCUGCAACAACAUCCAAGACGAUGACAACGAUGGUGGCAUGUUUUUUCAACGCCACUACGAGCUGCCUUUUUGUCAAUUGCUACCACAGCAGAUAUUGAGCACGAAGCUCAGUCCCAACACCAUCGUAGCUGAUCCAGUGAUUGCCGCCGCAGCCACCCACAAGUACGACAACCAUAAUGUCAACAACAAACCGAUCGACGAUGUCAAUGCCUCGAACACAAACAACUGCGCUGGUCGCAUCUCCCCUGAGCGGCAGAUACUGCGGAAGAGAUCCAGCAGAAAGAAAGAUCGUCACAGUAAGAUUUUUACUUCUCAGGGCCCGAGAGACCGGAGAGUGAGAUUGUCCCUACAAAUUGCUCGUAAGUUCUUCGAUCUUCAGGACAUGCUCGGCUUCGACAAAGCAAGUAAAACUGUGGAGUGGCUUCUGAGAAAGUCAAAGGCUGCUAUCAGGGAGCUUGCCCAAGGCCUGCCAGAGAUGAAACCCAGCUACAGCGGUUUUUCCAAGUGUGUUUCUUCGACGUCUCAAUGUGAAGCCGUGUCAGGAGUUGAUGAGGCCGCCAACGCCGGAGACUGGCAGGGGACCAUGCCCGCCGCGAAGAAAUCAUCAGUGAAAGACAAAAAUAGAUUUCAUCCUGUGGCAAGAGAGUCCAGGGCAAGGGCAAGAGAAAGGGCGAGGGAAAGGACAAGAAAGAAGAUAUGGAGCAGAAGCCUUGAAGAAUCAAAAAGAUGUCCUGCUGAAGCGAUCCCCGGAGAAUAUGGAUAUGAUGAAUGGAUGGGUUCCCACAGCCAUGAAAGGAGGUCUUCCGUGAACAUGGUAGCUGCUGAGGUUGAAGGAGCAACCUCUUACUCAGUAGAGCAUCAGGCGACUACAAAUGACAUUGUUGUGGAACCUUUCAUGGCUGCCACCAACAAGUCGAGCCCGUGUUCGAUCUUCAACCAGCACGAAAAUGCAGUAUCACAAGGAUUGUUCUGCGACAACAGCAACAAUAACGACUUCCCUAAUUUUUCUGAAAAUUGGGAGCUCGACUAUCUCGAUCGAAUACAUUCUACCUACUGUGCUAUGAGCAACUUGCAAUUAUCAUCAGAAGACGUACAAGAACGAAUACCUAUCUCCUUUUGCUAUCUACCUUAGACAGUCGUUUUGAGUCUCAAUUUUCAGAUUGACAAUUCUAUGGCAAGCUUUGAGAGGCCUGCAACAAUUAAGCAUCUAUGCUGUUAGCAUUACUCGUGUCGGUAUUGUCUUUCCUUUAGCGUACGUACGUAUCUGAACACCAGACAAUGUAAGCAAUGCUUUACCAUUUAUUUUUUCAUUUCCCUUUUAUA